GUUGAGCGGUUGUGGGCGCUGUCUUGCAGGAAGUCCAGAUCGCGUUGGUGAGUGAGGAAGGUGUCUGUGAGUGGGUCUGCUGUGAUUAUCAGGAUGCGCCCAGUCCAGUCGCCAGGUCACUGAGCGGCCACUGCAGGCAGGACUCCUGGAAGGACCGGGGACUGCGCAGAACGUGGGAUUCCAGCCCUUUCCUUUAAAGAUUCUCCGAGCUCUGUCAAAAGAGAAGCCAGUCAUGCUCCUCUGACUGCACCCCACCUCAACUGUCAGUUCUCUUCUUCCCAUCUACCUCCGACCCCUUUACCGAGCUAUGGAGGACAGUGACGACAGCGAGGCAAAGCUCAGAGAAGAAAUCGAAGCUGAAUUGGAUAAAAUCAGCAUCUCUUCCUUGGAAAAUGAUGAGGUUGAAAAUGAUUCAGUGUCAGACACACAAAGUGACAGUAGUGACACUGAUUUGCUUGAAUUGCCAGAGUCAGUUCUUCAUUAUAUCAACAUCAUAAAGAACAAGAGUAAAACUGCUGAAGAACUCAUUCUUCAGGACGUAGAAGAUACUGAUAUCUUCAGUGAUUAUAAGAAAGGUUGUAACCAUGGCACAGUGACUGACAGUCACAUGCAUUUGAGGACUGGGUCAUUACCUGAAUCUAAAGCAAAUUCUGAGCAAUUAAUGAAGAUAUUAUCUGUAAUAGAAAAGGAAGAAUUUAUGAGAAGUCUAGCUCCUUCUGCCAGGUGUGUUUCCGUUCGUGAGACUAUUACUCCUGACACACCCAUGGAUGAAUAUAUUUUACCAGAUGAGGCUGAUUUGAGUUUUGGAUACUUUGAAGUGGAAGAAAGAUGUAGAAAAUCUUUUGAAGCUUGGCAGGACAAACAACAAGAACUAGAAGAAAAGGAUAAGGAAACUCUGGAAGCUCAGAGUGAUAGAGAAAAACGGAAAUUUCAAGAGGAAGACGAGAAGAGACAGUGCUGGAUGAGACAGUUUGAAGUUGAAAAGAAAAAAUUAGAGGAUCUUCAGAAGCAAGACCAAGACAAAAUGAAUGAUGAACUCCAUAAAGAAGAGAAAAUAUGGAAAGAAAAAUACAGACAGCAUGAGGAACAUAUCAGAAACUUGCACUUACAAAUGGAGGAGGAGAGAACAAGACUAAGUGAGCUACAAGAAAAAGAAAAGGCACAUUUAUUCAAACUGCAGUAUGAUGCAGCUGUAAAAAUUCAAGCCACUUAUAGAGCAUCAGUAACUUACCGAAAAUAUAGCCCAAUCAUAAAAGAGCAAAUGGAAAAGAAGAGGAGGAGAGCACAGGAGUUGAAAGAGAAGGAGGCAAAGAUACGACAGAAGGAGGAAGAAAGGAGGAGGAGAAUUGAAGAGGAGCAGAAGGUAGAGGAGGAGAGGAAGAAGAAGAUGCUGGAGGAGAGGAGAAGACGAGAGAGGGAAUAUGAAGAGAAAAAGAACAUCCUGAGACAAGAGAGAGAAGAGCAACAAAGCAAGGAAAUGAUAAGACUGAGGGAACAUGCCCACUCACCACUGAUCAUUACCUGUGCUUUAAAGAAAGGAGAUUGCCAUGGCAAGCAGCAAGCUACUGCACAUGUGCCAAAGGGUAAGGGCACUAUAGCCAAAGAGUCAGUGGACAGCAACUCAAAGAAGCAAGAAGAUGUUUACAUCGCUCAGCAAUUAAACAAGAGAGAAAACACACACAUGCAGCAGCUUGCGUUGAAGGAAUCAACAGGAAUAAAAUUAAAACCAAACCAGGCAUUUUUGGUAGAAUUAAAAAUGAACGAGAAAAAUGAAAGUUUACCAAAAUUAAAAAUCAAUGAAAACUUAUCAAAAAACCAAUGUUCAGAACAAUCUUCUGACCAAGAAUCUAACACUGAAAAUGUAGACCAAAAAAAGGAAUUGGAAAACUCCAACCUAAAGGAAAGUGUGAAUGAACAGUGCCCGGGGCAAGGACUAGAGUCUGAUACUCAGACAGAGGAGCAUGUGGAGCAUGUCACGGAGGAGAAGGUGGGACAAGAAACCGCAAAACUAUUUGGAUUCAAUCAAGAAGUGAGUGCAGAAGACAGUAAAGGAGUACAAGGAGUCAUGGAGGAGACUCGGUUGGGAUUGGCUGAAGAGAUAGAAAUCAGAGAGAUGACACAGCAAGAUGGGCCAUCAGAUGAGAAUAAUAGCUCACCUAUUUCCAUGCAGAAAAGCCUACCAUCACUGACACCAGACAAUCCUGAACCUGUAGAAAGAAGUGUAACACUAGAAGAAGACCAAGAGCCUGAUUUAAAAUCAGAAAGAAUUGAGGAAAUCCCAGAAGAAGGUGUGCUGUCCUGUGAUGCUGCAGUCAUUAACGCAGAUGCCUCUGUGCAUACAGAAGGCAAGGCAGACCUGCAGGAUUCUGCCUCAGGCAAGCUUGCUCUCAGUGAAGAAGCUGGUAGUCACAGUGCUAAUAACCUCGUGGCCUCUGAAGAAGUGCAAGACUCUCCUAAAUCUGAAAUCCAAGAAGCUCUGGAACAAGGAAAGCAGACAAAGGCUGAAGGUGAUGGCGUCCUGACUUGCUCUGUUUCACAGAUAACAGUUUUCUCUUCAGUUGAGGAAAGGAGACUAGCUUGGGUAAAAGCAUUUAAACCCUGGGCUGAAAUCUUUGAGCAAAAUCAACAUAAGAAAAUUGUUAAAAAAAGGAGACUUGUGAAGUGCCCACCAAAUACAAUGCCUCCUUUAGAUCCAUCAGCCAUUCUCCAGUAUGGCCCUUGGAAAACUUUAAAGCAGGUAUUUAUAAUUUAGCAAUACUAUUUUUAGGUUGAAUGAAAAUGAACUUCUGAUAAUGUAA